CCCACAUUUUGUACCGUGGCAGUCAUCUGUAAUGUCUUCAUAGAAGUAACUUGGUUUACGUUUCUCAAACAGAAACUUCCGUAUUUGUCACUGACUUCCUGGCUUUUUUUUUUCUUUUUUUUUACAGCUGGUCUUUGGGACAUCCACGAUUUUGCAUUUUAAUUUUUUUAUCAUAACACGUUAGUUGCAGCAAAAAACUCGACAAAAAAAGAAAAGAUAAUCUAUCAAUUGUUGGAUGUCCAAACCUAAAGUUAAUAUUUAUUUGGGAUGGUUGGCCUUGGAAAUAGUCGUCGAGGGGGGCGUUCUCCUCCAAUCCUAAUUGGUGCUUUAAUCGCUAGUCUAGUUGUUCUGGGUUUUAACUACUGGAUUUCUAACUCUCGAAACAUUGAACUUCAGACUCGGGUAUAUGAACUGGAAUCAAAGGUGCGUCGAGCAGCAGCAGAGAGAAGUGCUGUUGAACUGAAGAAGAAUGAGUUCCACGGGCAGCUGGAGAAGCAGAAAGAGCAGAUCAAUAGAAUAGAGUCUCUGCAUGAAGAGCAGCUGGAGAAAGCUCACAAAUCCUGGAAGGAUGACAAGGCAUUACUGCAACUCAACAUCUCUUUAAGUACAGCUUCUCUUCAAAAAAUGAAAGAUGAAUAUAAUAAAAUGCUGAAGGACAAUGGGAAGUUACAGAAGGAGCUUCAGGAAUGUCAAAGAAACCAGAGCAGCCUUCAUAAAAAGUUGACAUAUGAUAUGACCCAGUGCAAUGCUCAGAUUACAGAACUGAAGGAACAAUAUGAAGAAAGGUUUUUAGCACUCUCAGAAGGGAUGCAGCAAAAGGCAGAUACUGCAGACAGUAAAACAGAAACUACAAUGGCAAAACUAUUGGUUCCUACUACAGAAAAAGGAAAAGUGGAAGUAAAUGAAAAUAAAGACCCAGUAAAAAAUGAACUGGUACUAGCAACCAGCAAUCAAGGUCCCAGCCAGUCUGCUAAUGACCAAAAAAAAGAAACAGCAACUCAAAAAGCAAAAAACACUGAACUGGAAACCAAUGAGAUUCCAAAAGACACGGGUGAAGCUCAGCCACUGGUGAUGCAUGAAAAAGCUCAAAUUGAGGAAGACCAGUCAAAGCUGAAAGGCUCUGAGACUCCAGCGGUGAAGGAUGUGGUGCUGCGAGAGGCUGAAGAAGAAAAGAAGGGAGGCGAGCUGAAGGAUGUAGUGCUGCAGGACGCUGAAGAAGAAAAGAAUGGAGACAAGCUGGAGUCGGAGGUGCCGACAAAGAGCGUGAUCAAGAAUGAGGCCCAAGACCUUGAGAAAGGCGUUGAUGUCAAUGUCUCAGAAGAGAAGGAGGAAGAAGAACUUAAUCACAAUGGAAUGGAGGUCUUUGAUGACUCACCGAACCGAGACAACCAUGAUGAAGGUAACAAAAACAACGAAGGUAACCUUAGACUUGAGCUGGAGAAGUACAGUGAAGGAGCUGAUUACAAUGGAGAUGAUGACAACGUGGGGGAAUUUGAGGCAGACAAACAGGCAGAGCUUGCAGAGAACACAGCAGACACAGAUCAGAAAAACAUGGUGGAUUUAGACCAAGGGCAGUAUGAGGAUGAAGAGAUGGAGACUGAAGGCUAUCAAAUGCAUUAAAAAUGUUUGGUUGCAGUGUCCAUGCAAAUGGUUGUGGUAGGCUUUAUACAAACAUGGAUUUGCGAGGGCUUUUUUAUAAUAACAUUUAAAGAAAGUGUAAACAAAAAAGUUGCAAAGGUUAAAACUAAAUGAAUUUUCUGAAGAACAAUGUAAAUUGGACAGGGUUAUGAAGUAAACUGGAGAUUUUGUUUAUUUGUUUUGCACUUUGUACACAGCAAUAUGUAUAUACAUUUUGAUAUGUAAGCCACACUACAAAAGUACUAUUGCCAUGAAUUGUUGGUCCCAAGGGAAGGCAUACAGUGGUGAAAUCGGAUCAAAUAAUGUUUCCCAGUUGGUUUGUUACAAAUGUCUAAUUCAGUUUCAUUGCAGAAUGUAUGUUCCACGUGCUUUAAAAAAAAAAAAAAAAAAAAACAUUUUAAA